AUGCCCAUCCUCGGCCUCAAGGCUCCUGGCCCCUCCGCCCCCGCCCACUUUGACCUCGAACCCCUCAUCCGCCCCAACAUCCUCGCCCUCCAGCCCUACCGCUGCGCCAGAGACGACUAUUCUGCAGGUGUCCUCUUGGACGCCAACGAGAACGCCAUCGGCCCCUCCCUCCCCAGGCUUUCCUCCACCCUUGCCUCCGACGAUGCCUCCAAAGUCGCAGCCGAGACCCUGUCUCUCCUCUCGGAAGCAGAGAUUGCCAACCUGAACAGAUACCCCUCCCCGACUCAUGACGACCUCAAGCGUGAAAUUGCCAAGCUGCGUGGUGUCCCCGACGAGAACUGGGUAUUCCUCGGUGUCGGCAGUGAUGAAGUCAUCGACAUGCUGUACCGGGUGCUCUGUGUGCCCGGCAAGGACAGGGUCAUGACUUGUCCCCCGACCUACGGCAUGUACAAGGUGACGGCAAAUGUGAAUGAUGUCGGGGUCCUGGAGGUGCCUCUGAUCACUGAGGAUGGAUCCUUCCAGCUGGACGAGCCUGCUCUGGAUGCAGCAUUCGAGUCCAACCCCGAUGUCAAGAUGCUCUUUGUCUGCUCCCCCGGUAACCCGACCGGCACUCUCAUCCCCCUCCCCGCCAUUCAAAAGAUCCUCGAGAAUCCCAAAUUCAAGGGUGUCGUUGUCGUCGACGAGGCCUAUAUCGACUUUUCUCCCCAGGGAAGCAGUGCGGCGAGCUUGGUGAACGAGUAUGCCAAUGUCUGUGUCACGCAGACUUUGAGUAAGAGUUUCGGUCUUGCUGCCAUCCGACUCGGCUACCUCCUCGCGCCCCCUCCCCUCAUUCAGAUCCUCACCAACACCAAAGCCCCGUACAAUGUCUCUGUUCCUACCGCUUCCAUCGCCCUCAAAGCCGUGAGCACUGAGGGCGCCGCUGCCAUGAGCUGCGCCGUCGCGACGCUUAACGACAACAGGCAAUCACUCAUCGACGCACUUUCCUCCACCAAGGGCAUUGGGCGUAUCUUGGGCGGCAACCACGCCAACUUUGUGCUGGCCGAGAUUCUCGGCGAGAACGGCAAGCCCAGCAACCAGAAGGCGCUGGAAGUGUACAAGACAAUGGCGGAGAGUAAAGGCGUAGUUGUGAGAUUCAGAGGGACGGAGAAGGGGUGCGAAGGGUGCUUGAGAAUUACAGUCGGGACAGCGAAGGAGUGCGAGGAGGCUGUCCAGUCGAUAGCAUCGUUGCUGUGA